CUACGGCGUGAGCACCUUCGCCAUCGACUGGCUCUCCAUGAGCUACAUGAUCACCUACAUCCCCUUGCUCUUCCCCGUCGCCUGGCUGCUGGACAAGCGGGGCCUGCGCUUCAUCGCCCUGGCCGGCUCGGCCCUCAAUGCCCUGGGUGCCUGGGUGAAGCUGGGCAGCCUGAAGCCGCACCUCUUCCCCAUCACCGUCCUGGGGCAGGUCAUCUGCUCCCUGGCCCAGGUCUUCAUCCUGGGCAUGCCCUCACGCAUCGCCUCUGUCUGGUUCGGCUCCCGAGAGGUCUCUACCGCCUGCUCCAUCGCUGUCUUUGGGAACCAGCUUGGCAUUGCUGUGGGCUUUCUGGUCCCUCCAGUUCUGAUUCCCAAUGUGGAUGAUGUGGAGAAGUUGGCCUACCACAUCAGCAUUAUGUUCUUCAUGACUGCAGGUGUGGCAACAGCCCUAUUCAUCCUGGUUGUCAUAGUUUUCAAGGAGAAGCCCCCACAUCCUCCAAGCCGAGCUCAGGCCUUGAUCCAGUCAAGACCAACAGAGGAGUAUUCCUACAUGCAAUCAAUUCUCCGUCUGCUCCACAAUGGCAACUUUUUGCUGCUUAUGGUCACUUAUGGUCUGAAUACAGGUUGCUUCUACGCCCUGUCCACUCUGCUGAACCGUAUGGUGAUCCAUCACUACCCAGGGAAAGAGGUGAAUGCUGGCAGGAUUGGACUCACCAUUAUACUGUCGGGGAUGGUUGGGGCUCUGAUCUCCGGCAUCUGGUUGGACAGAAGCAAAACCUACAAACAGACAACACUAGUCGUCUAUACCAUGACUCUGGUGGGAAUGAUCACCUAUACCUUCACUCUGAGCCUAGGGCACCUCUGGGUGGUCUUUCUGACUGCAGGCAUGCUUGGGUUUUUCAUGACAGGGUACCUUCCCCUGGGCUUUGAGUUUGCUGCAGAAUUGACAUACCCAGAAUCAGAAGGAAUAUCAUCAGGGCUCCUUAAUGUGUCAGCACAGAUUUUUGGUAUUGCCUUCACUAUCGGCCAAGGGCAAAUCAUCGAUCACUUUGAGACGAAGGCAGGAAACCUUUUUCUUUGUUCCUUUCUGUUCCUGGGGACCAUUAUGACAGCAUUCAUUAAGGCUGAUCUCCGAAGACAGCAAGCCAAUUUGGAUAAUGAACAGACAAAAGUGAUGCCAGAAGCCUGCACUGAUCCCAUAGUCCUUGAGGAAUCAAAGCUGUGAAAUGGAGGUGUGGCAGAGCUGGGAGAUACAGCCCUCCUCAUUCCCAUCUUUGCUACCUACAUUGUCCUCCUGUUACAUGAACACCAUGGCAGCGGGGGCAGCCUCAGGACAGGAGCCCAGUGAACUGCUUGUGGAGAGUGUGAAAGAGCUAAACAAGAAGGGUGUUGCUCUCUUCAGUUAAAUCUCUGCAUCUUGCUGUUUUGGAGACUUCGCUUGGGAAGAAAAGUUAAGAAAACCCACUGCUUCCCUCCCAUGCUACCAUGUAUGCUUGGAAAAGUAAAAGCACACCUACAGAGAAAAGCCGUAGAUCCAGGCUAGCCCUGAGCAUGUGAGGGUGGCACCCUGCACCUGUAACAUGAAAUGCAGAUGCUGGAUCACACUUACUCAGUGAGUAGCCCUUGAAGAGCUUACACUGGCUCCCAGGAAGAGGGAUUGCUCUGCCAUGGUGCCUAUAAUGCUCUGUCUUGCACAGGUGAUGGUAGAGGUCUCAGCACAUCACCGGCAAGUGCAGAGCAGUACAUCUGCCACUGCUGGCUUUGGUUUUUAUUAUGUGGCUCUCCCAGAUGAAGCAGUCUUAGUCUGUGGAUAAACCUCUGCUCAGAAUUCAUUGAGAUUGCCCUGAUGUUCAUAUAUAUAUAUGAGUAAUUGAGAUAUACCAAUCUGUCUCCUUCUGCCUGCAGGUAAGGACUAAUUCUGUAGCUUAUGUUGAAGCUACAGCCUAAGCCCAGCUCAUCAUUACACUAGCAACAGGAAUGAGUCAAGCUCCUUGGCCUGAGGACUGUGUCUUCCUCCUUAAUGAUAAAGUGCCUUUUGCAUGUUUCAACACCACAUAAAAACUUUUGUGAAGUGUUAUAUUGAGAUAUCCAGCCAAGGCUGUGUUGCUCUUCACAGCCACAGUAGAGGGGUUUGAGUAUUAUGGGAAUCCGGAUUUGCUCCAGUGUGGAAGCUUCCCACUCUAUAACAGGAGAAGCAGCCCUCUUACUAGCAUCUGUGUCUCAUAGACACUGCCCCUCUGUAUGCUGCUGUUUAUUUUCUAAACACAGAUGUAGGUCCUUACAUCCCUUUUUCCUUUCUAGCAUCCCUCCACUGGUGGAGACAUCAAGUGUCCUUAUAAUCCUUAAAUCAUGCAAUUAUGCAUAUAUCAUUUGAGGGGGGGCUGGGACAAAAACCACAACCAUGAGGAAUGAAUAAGAAGAGAUACCAUUUUUGACAAAACAUAUUUUAGGUGAAAUUAUAAUGAAUUUUUUAAUGUGUCAAAAGACAAGUCCUAUCUUUGACAGUUUGGGAUUGAGGAUGGGGGUCUAAAAUGGCUUUUCAAUAGAAGUUUUUAUGUAAAAGAAAAACAUUUGAAAUGUACAAUGAAACUGACACAUUCAUAUUAAAUGGUUGAAACAGUC